GUACUCAGUUUACGGAGUUUAAAUAUAUUUAAAUAUUCUCUUGGAUAUUUCGGUUUAUUGUUACAAACUGUACAAAGUACAAUUACUUCAGGUAUAAAGUGUCCGACAAUACCUUAAUGACUUUUGAGGUACACCUUUAAAAUUAACUAAUACAAAAUUUAAGGAGAAAAAAAAGAGAAGGAUAGUUGGCAAACUAUAGUAUUUAAACUUCAAAGGUUUUAAAUUUGGUUAAAGCUUAGUGUGUUAGCAGUUCUCACUGAUAAAGUUUGUAAAGAAUUUAUUUAUCAUUCCAUAUUUGAGUAAUCAUGUGUUUGCUGUGUUUUUUUUUUUUUUAUGUACAAAAAUUGCUAUUUUUUAUUUAUUUUCCGUCACAAAUUAGUAUAAUUAAUUAAUGUUAAAUUAAUUAUUCCAUCAGUGUGUAUUUUACAAUAAUUGAUAGUUCAAGUGAGCAAAGAAAAAUUACCAGAAGCAUCAGAAAUACAUACAGCGUAUAAAAAUGAAUAUUCGUAAGUUGCAGAAGACUUUAACACGAGAAGAUGGCGCAUCUUCUAAAUCACCCGAUCAAUUUCCCGAAAGACAACCAUACAUGACUCAGUCGAAUGAUUUUCUGCCGUCAUUGUUUACGUCGACUAACAUCACCUUCAGGCGCAAUACUUACCAAUACUUUCCAAAAGCAGUUUCACGGAUUCAAAUUGAGCCUGCCAGCAGCAGCCAAAAGGUUGAUUUCAAGAAACUCCCGUUUUACAGAGUGUUAACUGAAUUGGUGAGGCCGUCUGAGCUUCUACCGGACAUUUCAGGGUCAGGGUGCAUCAAAAAUACCUUCCGGUUUUACUUGACACAGCAACAAGUAGAAGACAUCAGGAAUUCUCAACUCCAUCGAUUUGGAAGCUCUAAAGUAGAUUAUAUGAUUCAGGUUCAAAUGCGGUUUUGUUUGAAAGAAGAAAUAUUUGAACAGGAAGAUUGCAUCCCUCCUGGAGUUACCGCUAAGGUUAAUAAUCAGAAUUGUCAUAUUCCGUUUCACUCAAAGCUGCUUCCAGGAGAUUUGAAGAAAAAGAAAGUCUUAAUGAAGCCAAUCGACAUAACUUGUUUGGUGAAAUUGACGUCUGUUGAAAGCAAUGAAGUUUUAAUCACAUGUCCGCCGAAUUUUGGGAAGAAAUACAUUAUUGGUGUCUUCCUUGUAAGAAAAUUGACCAGCUAUGAAUUGGCGAAUGGAAUGAGAAGAAACAAUGUCCAGGUUUCUGAAUUUACAAGAGAAAAAAUCAUCGAAAAGUUGAAUGAAGAUGCCCAUUCCGAAAUUGCAACUACUUCUUUGUGCGUAACAUUGGCAUGUCCUUUGGGGAAGAUGAGGAUGAUCACACCCGGAAGGGCCUUUUCUUGCACACAUUUGCAGUGCUUUGACGUAAGAUCUUACUUGCAAAUGAACGAGUUUAGGCCGACAUGGAUUUGUCCGGUUUGUAAUAAACCUGCGCCCUUUGAUUCUCUUGUUGUUGACGGGUAUUUCAAAGAGGUUUUGGCUUCUGAUAAGUUAGUAGAAGAUGAAAAUGAAGUUCAACUGCUGCCAGAUGGAUCUUGGAAGGUUUUGAUAACCAGUGAUCGAGAUCAAAGUAGAAAGGGUACGUCGGGAGAAGUAAAAAUUGAGAAAACUGAUACUUCGGUUGGAAUUUCAGAAGAAGUCGAUGUUAAAAGAGAACAGGUUGUUGAUUUGAUUUCCAGUGAUGAAGAAGAAGAGAUUAAUGCUUUGCCCUUUAAAAAAAGGAAGCUAGGUUUUUUUGAAAAUGAAGUUAUUGUUGUGGAUUUAGAUUGAUUUAUUUGGAUAAAUUGUGCACAAUUUAUAUACAUGUGUAUAUAUACAUGUAUAUAUACACAGAAAAAAAAUACUUCUUGCAAGAAGAAAAUUUUAGGGAAGACAAAAGUUAUUUUGCAGCAAGAAAAAAUUUUCUUGAGUCAAGAAUUU